AUGAGGGGUGGUUCUGUGACAAGGUACUGCGCGGCUUCAGUUAUCGGUGUAGCGAGUCGGCGAUCGGUCUGUGCUACCAAGUCGCGUCACGCCACGCGUUUUUUGUGCUCAGCCAUCAAAGCCGUAAAAGCCAGGAUUCAAAGGAAUCCACUCCGGAAGCAGAAGAUCCUAUCCAGGGAAAUGAAGAUUCCUGUCCGGACGAUGUCGCGCAUCAUUAAACAAGACCUAGGGCUAGGGGCUUACCGGAGACAUAAUUUUUGAGGUAUAAAGAUUAGAUAUGUGAAAGAAAAGGGGUUGCUGGAGACAAAACUCUUGAGUUUUUCAAUUUUUCCUGUAAAAAGCAUGUUAAAAAUAUCGCAGUGCUAAGAUGAUUGUUGAGAUAUAAAUGAAAGCAAUUGGAAAUACGGUAAUGAAGAGGUUAGUGCGGAGGGCCAGUUCUUGGAUAUUCCGAAUAAAUGUUGUGAAAUAUGAAUUUUUCUACGAAAAGUCAAAUAUUUCAUUCCAAGAUAUUUUUUAUACACC